AUCCAACGAGUGGAGCGACGUUUCGAAGCAACACGCGGCGCGUUUUGAUGACGUCAAACUGUCUUCCUGACGACAACAAAAACAUGGAGGAGUAUGUCCGUGAACCCUGUCCCUGGAGGAUAGUGGAUGAUUGUGGAGGUGCUUUCACCAUGGGGGCAAUAGGUGGAGGGAUGUUCCAGGCAGUCAAGGGCUUUCGAAAUGCCCCUGCAGGUGUCAGGCACAGACUGAGAGGAAGUGCUAAUGCUGUGAGAAUAAGGGCUCCACAGAUUGGAGGGAGCUUCGCUGUAUGGGGAGGGCUCUUCUCCACAAUCGACUGUGGUCUAGUUCGCCUCAGAGGAAAAGAAGAUCCGUGGAACUCUAUAACAAGUGGUGCAAUGACAGGAGCAAUUCUGGCAUCACGCAGUGGGCCUUUAGCUAUGGUGGGCUCCGCUAUGAUGGGAGGAAUUUUGCUGGCUCUCAUUGAGGGUGUUGGGAUACUCUUGACCAGAUAUACGGGACAGCAAUUUCAGAAUCCUGUUCCCUUUGCAGACGACCCCAGUCAGUUACCACCUAAAGAUGGCAGGCACUGGCAGUAACAGCAUGCGGGAUAAAGGGGCAGUUUCACUGUAGAGACCAGAAAGGACUGAGAGCAGCUGUGGACACCAAGAGACUACAGCAGGUAUCAGGUUGAGUGGGUGGUGCAGAUACUGGUCCCUACAGUGGUGUUAGGAGCUCAUACCUCAGGGACAAACUCGUUUUUGUGAAAAAGGGAUCUUCACGUUUGUAGCUUCAGCGUCUCAUGCAAUCUUCUCUGUAUCAUCUGAUGUUUUCAGUGGGGUUUUAUAAUGGUGAAUACUAUUUAGUUAGCCUUUUUUCUCAGUUUUAAUUAAUUAUGUGUCAGCUGGGACAAUCAGUGCAAACAAAGGUGUGUUUUGCUGGUUUCUUUUAGAAAAAUCUGAGCUCAACAAAAUCUUAUUCAUGUCUUUGUUUGCAGCUUCUCCUCCCCCCUGGCAGCUUUUCUUAGUCAGAGAUUUUGUCAAACAAUUCUCAUUAUCUUACAUAAAAGAAGGAAUUAUGUCACAUCUGUAUCACUAAAGAAUAAGGAUGAGUGGUUAGAAGUGGUAGCUUGGAUCAGUGAUACACACAGUUGUCAUGCACCCCUCUUUGAGUUGAUUGCUGGAUUAUGCAUUGUGCACUUUUUAAACCCUGUUUCUCUGGGCUUUACUUGUAUAUGGUAUGUUUUUGUAAAUAAAUACAAAAUAGUAGGAGGCUAAAAAGGCUCUAAAGCGGCCUUUUGUGACUGAAGGUAUUAAAUAAUAUUUUAGGAAAUGUCUAUGAUUAAAUUUGUAAAUAUUCAAGGAUAGCGUGAUAGUGUGGACUGAAAGGCUCAAUUCUUUUUUUAAGAACAAAUACACAAAACAAAUAUUAAUUUCAGUGCCAGCUAUUGGCCAAAUUGUUAUUUUCAACAGAUUGAAGAGAUUUACAAUCAGUGCAUCAGCGUUAAAUGUAUGUUUUGUUUUAUUAUAUUUAUCAUGCAGAAUUUAAUUCAAACAAUAAAACCAUCUAAUGUUUGUAAAUUGGUCUUUUUUUUUAUUUUCCUACUUCUUUUGAAAGCCUAAAAUUAUGCUCAAAUGUAGUCUAAACACAAGUCAACACCUUUUCUAGAGGGACCAAAAAUCCCAGAGAGUAAUCGGAAGCAAUUUGUUUGAAAAGGUAAUUGAAUAAGUAAUUGUUUUUACAUAAUCAUCCACUCUUUAAGUCGACAGAAAUUAAAAUAAACAGUUAAAAAAUGUUUUGGUAUUGUCAAGAUAUGGAGCAUGAUGUGUUUUCUAAGACUCUCAAACUUUGCAGGUAAGAUCAUCAAAGUCUGUGAGGGUUCAGGAUUUAAGGGGAGACAUUGGAUCUGGGCCCAUGUCUUUCUAUUUGCUGUGAAAGUGCGCCCCUGUGUAGCCUUUGUCCUGGAACUGCACCCUGCUGUUUCUGUCCAGAGUCCUGAAACAAGUUCCUCCAACCUGCUGUAAUAAACCAUCCUGUCAUCUC